UUCCACCGCGAUUCAGUCUCUUCCCUUUCGUCUCUGCCCCUCAGAGGAAAUCAGAAACGCCACAAUCAUGCCGUCGGCGAAGCCGUUGACCGUCGCAGCGAAGGCACUCCGACAAAGGCUCUUCUUCCGGUCCGGAUCCACGUCCUCCGGUCCGAGCCGGUGGACGACACCGGGUCACGAGGAGCGUCCCAAGGGUUACCUCUUGAACCGGCCUCCUCCGCCUCCGGGACAGUCGCGCAAGUGGGAGGACUGGGAGCUUCCAUGUUACAUCACCAGCUUUCUCACGAUCGUGAUCCUCGGUGUCGGUCUCAACGCCAAACCCGAUCUAAGCAUCGAGACGUGGGCUCACCAGAAAGCUCUCGAGAGGCUCGAGAUGGAGAAGCUUGCGUCCGCCGGAGAAUCUUCCGAUUGAUAUGAGAGCGUUGGUUGAUUUGGUCCGGCAGUUGAUCUGGUAUGUCUGUUUUUUUGCCCCCGGGAAUGGAGGGUUUUUUCCGUUUAUGAUCACGACAACUUGAGAACUAGGGUUUCCUUUUAAUCGUUUUGUCGAUAAUGGUGUUUAUGAAAUAAAUUGUCUUUAACUGUUGACAAUGGUUAUAUGUUAACUUCAGUAUCAAUUUUGAUGAUUCCCUGUUUUUA